AUGAAGGUGGUGUUAGCAGCAUCAACGCUAUUGAACCUAUUACAGUCAUGGAAUGUCGUAACUAGCAACGAGAUUCUACAGCAAAAGCUCUGGGGAUUACCAUCCGGUCUUGCAUACUAUGUCCAAGUAAACAUUGGGUCUCCAUUGUACUCAUCGAGUUCUCCUCCUAGUUCCAGUGCUAAUGCUUUUAAUCUUUUGCUCGACACGGGUUCAGCUAAUACUGCAGUAGCUACGGCCAAGUGUUGCUCACUUCCUAAUGAGAAAUUAUAUUCGUGUGCGGACUCAAGCACGUGUGUGGAUCAGGGCACAAAUGUUAAUGUCAAUUACGUUAGUGGCUCCUGGACGGGUCAAUUGGUGCUUGAUGUUUUCUCUGGACAGGGCCUUGGGAUUGUCAAGAACAUGCCGUUUGCUGAAAUUACAUCAGAGGACGGGUUCUUAUCGUCGGGGGAUUUUGAUGGCAUUAUUGGGCUGGCGUAUCCGACCAUUGCAUCGCCUUCUAGUGACCCUCGGACGCCGUAUUUCGAUCAUGUACAGAGUGUUUAUGGACUGAGCAAUAUUUUUAGUCUCCAGAUGUGUGGAGUGCUGCAGUUGAUGGACGUAAGCAGCGUGUUAAUGGCAGACAGUACGAAUCUCUAUGCUGGAGAGCUUCUGCUUGGAGGAAUGGAAGGACCAAACAGAGAGAGGUACUACAAGGGCGAAAUCGUUUACACGCCGUUGGUGCAGGAGAAAUACUUUAAUGUUAUCGUCACUGACAUUGGAAUCAAUGGACAGAGUCUUGGACUGGACUGCAAGAUGAUUAACUCUCCCAGAGCCAUUAUUGACUCGGGGUCCAGCAAUUUGAUAUUCCCUUCGAGUGUAUACAAUGCAGUAAUUGCUGAACUAAAAUCGCAGGUGGAGGAGGUGACGUCAGAUAUCAGCGACUUUUUAUUUAAUGACGGCUCAGCGUGCUGCUCCAGUGAAUGCGACCCGACCAACGUCAACUCAAUCAUCCACUCACUACCAGGCUUGACAAUUUCACUCGCAGUCGACGAUGAGAAAUUGCAGCAGAUGACCGUAACUAUUCCGGCAGAGUACAUUUGGCGACCGCUUGUGAUAUCCGCUGGUCAAGAUGAGUUGGCAUGCCGCGUGUUUGGCAUUUCCGAGGGCGCCUUUACGUUGCUCGGCAACGUGUUUAUGGAUGGUCUUUUCACAGUGCACGAUCGGGAGAAUGAGCGUGUGGGUCUCGCAGUAGCAGAUAACUGCCCGAACGGCGUCACAUCGAGCAAGAUCAUCAAGGUGGAGACGGUGGGUGCCGACAAGGACUUCUGUGACUGUGUUGGCUCCACGGACAGGAAGAGGAGCCUGCUUAGCAGCUACAUUUCGUUCUCCAAUAAGCCUUGCUUCUUCUGGCAGUGGUGGAUGCACGUGAUCAUUGUGACUAUGGUUGUUAUUGUCCUGAUGGGAGUCGCGUACUGCUACCUCUGGUGGAAGCGUCGCAAGCUGAUGCGACAGCAUGAGGCUCACCAAAGUCAACACCAGCCAAACGUUCAACGUAACGUUUACUCAGAUGACCACUACGACUUACUCCAGACACCUACGCAGCAAAGCUCUGCGUUCUUCGUGGAGGCCUCUACACUUCCCACCACCACGGCUUCGGCAAGAAACCGUGGUAUACCCGCUACCAGUGGCUACAGAUUAGCAUUGUCGCCGUCAUUUUGCUCAAAUACAAUGGGGGCUCAUGCGGCGGAUGUACCACGUCACAAGCCUUCAAAAUGA